AUGGCACAACAAUUAGACAAUAGUUUCUUUGAAACAUAUAACAUUAAAUUUCUCCCAAAUAAUUUUUUUGAACAAAUCGAAACAAUUGGCACAGUUCUAUCUAGUAAUAGUUAUAGAGUUGCCUCAAUAAAGCAUAAUAAAGUGGUGGUUUUGGACUAUAUUGUACAUACUCAAAAAUACUCAUUUGAAGAUUUUGUUAAUGAU